GUGCUAACUUACGGGCCAAUUGAGCGUAUGUCAGAAAUCUUGUAAAAUCACAUGCACACUAAAACAACAAAUAAAUACACAAUGUCUUAGAGAGGUGAGUCAUGCCAGGUGUUUGUUCUACCUCUAAAAUCUUUAGGAGCCUACUUUCUCUGGAUAUAACCCAGAAGAUGAGAACAUCUACCUUUGGUGGCCAUCACCAUAUGAUGGAGGGAAGGCAGACAUCAAUUCAGGCACAUGUUCUUAAUUGUGAAAAUCCCAUGAAAGAGAGAAAGUCUAUGAUUGCAGUGAGCUUCAUAGCAGCGUUCCUCUUCCUGCUGGUUGUGCGCCUUGUAAAUGAAGUGAAUUUCCCACUGCUGCUAAACUGCUUUGGACAGCCUGGCACAAAAUGGAUACCAUUCUCCUACACAUAUAGGCGGCCCCUUCGAACUCACUAUGGAUACAUAAAUGUGAGAACACAAGAGCCCUUGCAACUGGACUGUGACCUCUGCGCCAUAGUGUCAAACUCAGGUCAGAUGGCUGGCCAGAAGGUGGGGAAUGAGAUAGACCAGUCAUCCUGCAUUUGGAGAAUGAACAAUGCCCCCACCAAGGGCUAUGAAGAAGAUGUUGGCCGCAUGACAAUGAUUCGAGUUGUGUCUCAUACCAGUGUUCCUCUUUUGCUAAAAAAUCCUGACUAUUUUUUCAAGGAAGCAAACACUACUAUCUACGUUAUUUGGGGCCCUUUCCGCAAUAUGAGGAAAGACGGCAAUGGCAUUGUUUACAACAUGUUGAAAAAGACUGUUGACAUCUACCCGAAUGCCCAAAUUUACGUGACCACAGAGAAGCGCAUGAGUUACUGUGAUGGCAUUUUUAAGAAGGAAACUGGGAAAGACAGAGUCCAGUCUGGCUCUUAUCUCAGCACGGGGUGGUUUACCUUCAUUCUGGCCAUGGAUGCCUGCUAUGGCAUUCACGUCUACGGGAUGAUAAAUGACACCUACUGCAAGACAGAAGGAUAUAGAAAAGUCCCCUAUCAUUACUAUGAACAAGGAAGAGAUGAGUGUGAUGAAUAUUUUCUUCAUGAACAUGCUCCAUAUGGGGGGCAUAGGUUUAUCACUGAAAAGAAAGUGUUUGCUAAAUGGGCCAAGAAACAUAGGAUAAUAUUCACACACCCAAACUGGACAGUGUCUUGAUGUUAGUUUUUCUGAUCUUGCCACAACACUUGACAUGGUAAUACCACAACUGUGAUGAUAUUGAUGCUAAUGACGAUGACGGUGAUGACAAGGACAACAAUGAUGAUCAAGUCUGUACAUUCUCAGAUAUGGAUGGUGACCCUGCCAGUAAUUUGAACUUGGGAUUUCAUGGAGGGUGGUUGUGCUCUUUCCAUUUAUUCUGAAGGUUCAACAUUACAUACUGCACUUUAUAAUUUAACUGGAAUUGAAAUGAAGGCCAGUAACAUGACAGCCGUGACCUAAGAAAUGGGAAGAUUAUCCUUCAAGAUAGCUGCCCAGUAUUCUUGAACAGUGAGUAACUUUCAAAAGCCAUGGGAUUUGGCCUCGUGAGACUAGGUUAUUGACUCUGUGGUCUCUUCAACUUGAGCAGCUCCACCAUCUUGAAUGGUUGAUUGUCAAACACUGACCCAAGAAAUUCUAUCUGGGUACAAGUAUUGUACCACACUUACUAGUUAGCCUAGAGGCAGUGAAGGAAUCUUCCUGACAUACCAUGGUCCUAGAGUACCUCCUACAGCUGAAGCCUCAGGCCAUUUCUUGAUUAACAAGGGAGAUAUCAUGGCCAUCGUACCCAUCAGGAUUAUUCAACAAUUCAAACACUUAAUUCAAAAUGGGCCAACUAGCAAAUCUUGAUGGAUUUCCGCUCCCACCACUCCAUUCUCACUACCCCAAACAAUAUAACCUAACCCGGUACUAGAGUGAUCUCUAUUACUGUUUAGUUAUUUUUGGUUGAGUCCUAAAUAUUUCAGAAAGCUAUUUAACAUGUAAGAUACCAACACUGUAAUAACAUAUACUGUGAAAACAUUCUUAAAACAUAACCAAAAGGGUUUACUAACUCUAUUUCAACAUCCAACAACACAAAAAUAUAUGCUUUUUAAAAUCAUGAAACGAGGAAAGCAAAGCAUAUUUUUACAUCAAUUUGUAUCCUACCAUACUUCAUAAUAUAUAUUUGUAUAUUCAAAUUUCUAUUUUAUAGGCUCAAGAUGCAUCUCUCCAUACAUUACAUUAUCGUUGCCAAGUGCCAACUGUUAGACAUGGAGAGGAGAUGAUUCCUUGUGUUAAAUCUGACCAGAACUUUUGCCUUCUUGGGGUUUAUUUUCCCCACAGUGUAUCAGUUGUUAUACCAUAAUAACAACAAUAAUAAUGACCUUAAUGUCCAAAGUGCUUUGUCAUGUAGAGUCCUCAUACAUAUGCUGUCUCAUGUGAUGCCUGUGACCAUCCAUUGGGCUAUUGCCUGCACAUUCUGACAUCUCCUUAGCAGAUAAGCUGUAAUUUGUUAAUUGCUUUGAUAUAUUCCAGAUCUUCCCUUUGCUAAUAUUUGUAUAGAAUAGCAUUUAUGUAGACUAGUAACCAAUUGAUUUCAGUGCCAAAUAUAAUACAUCAGGAUAUGCAAAAAGUAUCACAAGGAUGGUCUUGGCCAUACACUAGGACUCCUGUGAACGUAAGUACUUUUGAUUUUUUUUAAAUGACUCUUUUUAGGUAGAGAAAAAUGAGGAAGCAGGACAACAGGAGGGAAUGAACGCAGAGAAAUACAGUCUCCUGUCCCCAUCUUGAGAUGACAUUGUUCUCCAUAUAGUCAUUGUUUGUUAAAUAUUAGAGGACUGAUUUGCUGAGAGAGUUGCUGAGAGAUCAAAAAUAUCCUUGCAAAUUAUUCAAAAGAUGCAGCCAAGCUUAACUUACAGAGAAUGAUUUGGAGGAUGAGAGUGAUGAUACAUUUCACCUUAGGAGGACUUUACCAUGCUAGGUCCCAUGAUUAGUUCUCAUUAAAUGAGCCAUCUUGGACCAAAGCCUCUUUGCUGCUCUCUGCUGCCAUUUUGAUAACACCAAUACAUCCAUGAAAAUGACCAAACACCACGGUGGAACUGUUACUGUUGUUAUUCUUCUGUUGUUUCCUCAUAUGGUUUUUAGUUCUGUGUAUGUCAAGAUUUUUUGAGCUAAUGAUGGAUAGAAUUGCCCACGCAAAGAAAAAUAAACAGAUGCAAACGUUAAAAUUGUUAUACAGACUGUUUAACCCCCUGUUGUGAUAUAGAAGUUCCACUUUUAAAUAUAAAGGAACAUGUGAUUCUCAGAAUGAUUCAGGGAAUGACACAAUUUAUUUAGUUUUCUGGUAAAUGCAGGGGUAAACCUAUUUGUUUCAGUCCUUACCAAAAAGAAACUUUCAGCACUUGCCUGCUCUCCUGUCUCUCUAUGAAGAAGACUUAGCAGGAGACUUUGUAGUGGCCACAGCGCUCUGUGGCAGGAGUUGUUUGUAGCAGGCAGUGUUUCCUCUGGAGGGGUAGGGGUGGCCUCUCCUCUCCUUUCCUCUCCUCCCUCCCCUCUCUUCCCCCCCUUUUUUUUUUCUUAACUAAACCUCAAUCCCACUUUUUAUUGUCGUUGUCUCUCAUCUCUUUUUUUCUAAAAGUGGGAAACAAAAACCAUUAUUCUUAAUUUGAAGACCUAAUUGGAUGAUUUCCAGUGUAAUCAGAAUUUUGAUAGAAUCACAUAGCUUAUUUUUCUCUGCAGUCUUAAUGUUCUCUGCUUCCAUGUUCUGUAUUUUUUGCCCUCAGCUUCCUAAUUCUAGUGGAAAUACAAAGUCUAAUUUCUCUCAUAUUGAGAAACUUUUCAUCCAAGAGUUACUGAUAGAGAAGAGAACGACAAAGGAGCAAUUCAAAAUUGUCACACAAAUUUCUGGCCAUUUCCACUAGUUCUAGUCAACUGAAAGGCUUCAUCCAGCAGCUAAACAUUGAAAAAUUCAACUGAACUCUCUCUCACUGAUGUAUAUGUAUUCCAGGAGUUAACAUCUGUAAAAAACAAACACGUUUCAAUUCCAUCCAAUGCUCUAGACAAAUGGACUAUUGAAAAUGGCCACAAUUUGCUGAAAUCAGCGUAAAAGCAUGCAAGCUAGAAAUAAUAGAGUAAAUAUUAUUUUUAAUUAUGCAGAAUUUAGAAGAAAGCAAGGAAAUUUUAAAAAGGGUUUUAAUAUGAACGUUUGAAUCCUUUCUAAGUUAGCAUAGUGAUAAGUAGUAAUGAUUUAUAUUGUUAUGAUGGUAAUGGAAAUUAUAAACCUUCUAGACUAUGUUUUACCUUGCUAUCAAACCUAUCAAAGAAAAACCAAGGAUGUUUGUAUAUAUGCACAGAGUCCAUGUGUGUGUGUGUGUGUGUGUGUGUGUUGUGUGUAUGUUUAAAUGCAUACAUGUAAUCCUAUAUUUUUCAGUGAUGUGUAUGAAUCACAGAAAACCUAUUUUAGACUUCAAUGAAAUGUGUUGGUUUACAUUUUGAAUCCUGAUGAAAAAAUAAAGCAAAAGUCCAAAUGAAACAUACCAAUUGUAAAGAGUACAUAAAAUAAUAUUCAAUGGCUGGCCCAUUGAAGAAAGAGAAGCUGCUUAACCUGGAACCGAGAACACAGAUGCCACAGUCGUCAAAGAUCAGACCCGCAAGUAUAACCAUCUGUAUUGUAGGCUCUGACAAUCACAGCUCUGCCAAAGUCACGUGGAAAAACACUACAUCAAGCUGCAUUCACACUGAAGUGAAUGAACACUGACCUCCUUAUUAAAAUCAGCCUGUCUUUAGCGUAAGCAGAACUCAGAUUUGCAUGAUUUUUAUUAUAUGGUUAGAGAACUGUGACCAUUGUGCGAAGAGAAAAAUAUAUAAGGAGUUGGUUCUUUGAAGAUUUGGAAUGAAUCAGCCGUUGUGAGAGCAAGAGUCUGAAUUGGGGACUUUGCUGACCUUUCCAGAAGUAUAAAGGCAUCAGAAGAGAAUCACUGGUUAUUUCCUUAGA